UGUACAGGAGGAUGGACCAGACCCGUCCUGUUCCCUCGCUGGAGGACAGCCAGUUUCAUUACGGCUUCAACUCUCACUACCUGCAGAAGGUGGUUUCUUACUGGAGAAAGGAUUUUGAYUGGAGGAGACAAGUGGACAAACUGAACCAGUACCCACAUUUUAAAACCAACAUUGAAGGCAUUGACAUUCACUACGUGCACGUGAAGCCCAAGACAGUGCCUGAGGGGACAAAAGCCAUUCCCCUCAUAAUGGUCCAUGGCUGGCCCGGCUCAUUCUAUGAGUUCUAUGGGCUGAUYCCCAUGUUAACAGAGCCUUCGGAUCCCGGUCAGCUUGUGUUUGAGGUGGUGUGUCCGUCCAUUCCAGGCUACGGCUUUUCUGAAGCACCACRGAAGAAAGGUCAGUUUGGAAGGACUCAUGCCGAAUGUUGACUCUUAAUUAGUAUUACAGAGCUAAAAGUAUUGUGGCAGUUGGGGCAGUACACCAGAACAGCCAGUUCCAUGUCAAUAAGCAAGGUAAAGUACUGCUGGGCCUGAAUACAACCAGGUGGUGUGGAAAUAGGUUUUCAACCAUUUGUUUGACCUACAAACAYUCAACCAAUGUUUGUGGGUCUGAGGGACCCACUACAUUUUAUUGUUGUUACUAAACACAAACAAAAAAUUUUUACCAUACAAAAUACAUUUUAAAAUACAAAAAAGGUUUUCACUUUACUUCGAUUGCAUCAACGUAAACCG